AUGAUGGGGGAGUUGGAGCUUUCCAUCAUGGCGGCUUCCAUUUCGGGCUACACCUUCAGCGCUGUGUGUUUCCACAGCGCCAACAGCAACGCGGACCACGAAGGUUUUUUGCUGGGCGAAGUAAGGCAAGAGGAAACUUUUAGCAUCAGUGACUCACAGAUCAGCAACACAGAAUUUCUGCAAGUAAUUGAAAUCCAUAACCAUCAGCCUUGUUCAAAACUUUUUAGUUUUUAUGACUACGCAAACAAAGUUAAUGAAGAGAGUUUGGACAGGAUUCUGAAAGAUCGGAGAAAGAAAGUCAUUGGAUGGUAUAGAUUCCGACGAAACACUCAGCAGCAGAUGUCAUACAGAGAACAGGUUAUCCACAAACAGCUCACUCGCAUUCUUGGUGUGCCUGACCUCGUCUUCCUCCUCUUCAGCUUCAUCUCUACUGCCAACAAUUCCACUCAUGCUUUAGAAUAUGUUCUCUUUAGACCAAAUCGCAGGUAUAAUCAAAGGAUAUCACUUGCUAUUCCCAAUCUAGGCAAUACUAGCCAGCAAGAAUACAAAGUGUCUUCAGUGCCAAAUACUUCUCAGAGUUAUGCCAAAGUUAUUAAAGAACAUGGUACUGACUUUUUUGACAAGGAUGGAGUAAUGAAAGACAUCAGGGCUAUUUAUCAGGUUUAUAAUGCACUUCAGGAAAAAGUACAGGCAGUGUGUGCAGAUGUAGAAAAGAGUGAACGAGUUGUUGAAUCUUGCCAGGCAGAAGUGAACAAAUUAAGAAGACAAAUCACUCAGAAGAAAAAUGAGAAAGAACAAGAAAGAAGACUUCAGCAGGCGAUGUCAAGCAGACAGAUUCCUGCUGAGAGCUUGGAGCCAGUGUUCAGUCCCCGGAUGCCCUAUUCUGGGUUUCCAGCUGAAGGCAGAAGUGCACUUGCAGAUGCAGAGCCCUCGGAUCCUCCUCCCCCUUACUCUGAUUUUCACCCAAACAAUCAAGAAAGUACUCUGAGCCAGUCUCCAAUGGAAAGGGGUGUCUUCAUGCCAAGACCUCAAGCUGUGGGCUCUUCCAAUUAUGUUUCCACCAGUGCCAGACUGAAGUAUCCUGGAAGUGGACCUGAUCUUGCUUCCCAGAGAGCAGCUGGAGACAGUGAUGAGGAGACAGAUGACAGUGAUUAUGAAAAUUUGAUUGACCCUACAGAGCCCUCUAAUAGUGAAUACUCACAUCCGAAGGAUUCGAGACCUGUGGCACAUCCUGAUGAGGACCCCAGGAACGUUCAGACCUCCCAGAUUUAACUAAACAAAAGACACUGUGCUAGGUACUGUGUUUCUUCAUGGCUUAUGGAAAGGGUCUGUUGAGAACUCAGUCUGGGAGAAAAACUGCUUUCUCAGAUACCGUGGCUCCUGAGAGGAAAGUCCUUAUGCACAGAACUUGAAGGAGACUCCGUCCCUGGUCCUUAGCUCCAGAUGCAGUGUGCAGGUUUCACGACAGAAUCAUUAAGAUAAUCAAAUUGUCCUAAUUCUGGUGCAAUUCAUGGAUGUACUAGUAAAUUUAGGUCAAGUGAAACUUAUCAGUAUAGUUUCUGUUCUUUAAAAUCGGAAAUUAAGAGACUAAGCACAAUUAGUCUAUAAAUGUUCUAUAAAUCAAAAACUUACCUCUUGCACUAUCAUGCCUUGAAAUUUACUUUUUCAAUGGGAAACAAGUUUAGCAGCAGCUUUCAAAGAACUUCUUUCUAUGAUGAGCCAAAUUCAUCUUUGCCAGAAAAGAAAUUUUGUUAAUUCCAAGAAGCCUGAUUGGAACAAAUCAGACAUACCUUCUCUUGUCUGCAUGACUAAGAUCAGGAGAGAGGGCUUUGUUUCGACUUUUUUCUACUAGCUUGAUAUGUAUUGUCACUUAAAAUGGUUGCCUUUUUAAAAAAUAUAGAAAUACUAACGACCAGUAAGUAAUCAUCCAAAUAAGUAUAUCAUAAAGUAAGUUAAUUAAUUUUCUUUUGGUGGGUAACAGUGACUGGCCUGUUACACUAGCAUACUGUGGUCUCCAGAGACUUAGAGGAGAGACACAGUGGAAACCAGAGGGGUACAUGCCAGUCGAACAGAUUCCAGACACCGUGGCUUUAGCUGAGUUCACACGUAAGGGAUAUAACUCAUUUAGAUCAUCUGACAAAUCCUAGUGUUAGUUUUAUUUGUGGAGGAAAGGAAUUUAACAAACUUUGGGAAUCCUGAUGAAUAAAAAUUGUUUUAAAUCUCAAUAACCAUACUUUUUUUUUAAGUUGUCAUUUGGGAGAUUAUUGCAGAAUGUAUAGAGACAGUUGGGAUGAACUUACUUUUAUUUAAUUACUGCUUGUUUUCUACUUUGGCCCAGUAUGUGUGAAACCACUAAGACAUUCAUGAGUCUGUUGAGCUCUUGGUUGGAUAUGGCAAGACCCACUGUUUUAUGAGGAGGUCACACAUGGAGCUCAUACCUGGGGCUUAACUGUUCUCCUUUAGACUAGUUGAAGCCUAUAAGAAGAAGGAAGUCAUUCGAGAGGCUUGAAAUCCGGCUUUAUCUCGUAGGAGGGAUGUUUACUCCCAAAGCCAGCUCUCACCUGAACCAGCAGUGCUGGAGACCGCCAUUCUUUGGGUGUGCACACCGUGGGUCUGUGUGGUAGCUGUCGGGUUCUGUCUGCCUUACACCACUGCCAUUUGAUUUGAAGUGUUGCAGAUUGUGUUAUCUGCAAAUGUGUUCUAGUUUUUAUCUGCUACCUACGAGCAGCUUCAGCACCAGUGAACUUCAUUUUUUUUUUUGUAAGUGCCGUUGCCAUCUCCUCUGUUCAGACGUUGACAUUCAGGAAAAUAUUAUUUUUAUGCCAUAUUGAAAUCUACAAUGUAUGACAAAGCAGUUAAAUGUGACAAUAAAACUUAUUUAAUCAUGA